AUGAAGGUGACGUCGGAUGUUGCUGCUGCCAACAAGGAGCAGAACGAAGAGGCUAUCCGCGAGGAGUGGAUCAAGGUGAUGCAGGUCCGUCUCGUGCACGACGAACUGCAGAAGUGCCACCGUGCUGAGGGCGAGAACCACUACCAGGUGUGCGCUCCGAUUGCCAAGGUAUACGCAGACUUGCUGAAGGAGGCCAAGGUGAAGGGCUACCGCACGAUUGAUGUCUAA